GAGACGCGUCCGUUCGUGCAGCAGUUGCUGCUGGCCGCCGGGACGCCGGGUACGGAUGCUAUGUCACCAAGCAGACGACCUUCGCCACCGACGAUGCCACUAGCACACCUACCACCACCUUUGCACCUGCUCCACUGCGGCCUGCCGCCCCCAGGCUCGAGGCUGCCGCACCCCCUGCCACCACCGCCGCCGCCACCCUCCGUCUCGCAUCCGUCGAUGUCGCCCUCGGCUCAGAAGCACUAUUCCACCUCGUCCGGGGGGAACUCCGGGGUGACGAGCAGCGCCAAUUCCCCGCCAAGGAGUCUGGACUCCCAUCUGACGGUGUCGCCGCUCAACCGACUGCAGAGCAUGCAGCCAUUCGACUUCCGGAAGUUGGAGACGCUCGGACUACCCGCUUUCCCCCCUCUACCACCGCCCCCGCCGGCCGAACAGCUGCUGCAGAACCGAAAAUCCAUGAGGAACCCUCAGAGUCCGCACAGUCCGCCUCAUCACUCGAACAGCAACCAGCUGCAGAGGCCACACAUGCCACCAGUGGCGCCGGUGUCUUCCUCAGCGCUCAAUUUCGGACACCCACUCUCGGUGGCAGUGUCUUCCGGUGCUCUGCCGCCUAGUUUCGCGGCUCACUUUCCGCCACCACCUAUGGGCAAGUCAUCGAUGUCGGUAGCUGGCAUGACGGCACCCGCAGACGUGCACAGUGGCGGGGAGAAGAGCAGCGAGUUCGGUUCGGAAGAGGGCGAGGAAGACGACGAGAAUUCUGACAGCGCUUUGAACCUAAGCAGGCGCGAAUCCUCGUCUAAGCAUAUGAACGAGCAACGACACCAUCCGCCACUACCUCUCCAAGCUGUUCCACUGGGCAGGCCACAGGGGAUCCCCGGUAGGAAGCCUCAUUCCCCUGGCAAACGACCUGGUAGCCAAUGGGGAGCCUCUGCCAAUAUCCCUCCUAAUCUCGGUACACCGUUUAUCAAUCCCACCACGGGCAAGAAAAGGGUGCAGUGCAACGUGUGUCUGAAGACCUUUUGCGACAAGGGCGCGUUGAAGAUACACUUCAGCGCGGUGCACUUGCGCGAGAUGCACCAGUGCACCGUGAAGGGGUGCAGCUUGAUGUUCAGCUCGAGGCGGUCGCGCAAUAGACACAGCGCCAAUCCUAAUCCGAAGCUGCACUCGCCCCAUCUACGGCGGAAGAUCUCGCCGCACGAUGGACGCUCGUCCAUGGCGCAUGCGCUGGUCCUGCCACCUCAAGUGGGUUUGCCUGUCGCGGCCACUGCUCUCAACCAUCUUCCUUUUAGUUCGUUUCCGUUGUUGACUCCACCUCCAGAUCUUCGAUCGCCAGCCUCGUUGUGCGGCCUGGAUUUCAAGCAUCUCGACUUGCAGUCCGCUCAGAGUCAAGGUAGACCGGGCUACGACGAGGCGAUGCAGCAGAGAAUGAACGCGAACACGGGUAUCUCGACCACCACCGCGUUAACUACCCCCAGUGUAGCUAUGACCACGGCUACCGAGACACCAAACACCACCGCCGCGGCUAGAGGUUCCUUCUCUAGCAACAGCGUGGUCGACACGGUGUCGCCCUCUACCCAGGCCUCCACGGCCGCCGCAGAGGGCGAGGAAGAGGACGAGGACGACGACGGUGGUAUCGUAGUGGUAGCGGAAGACGACGCGAGCAAUCUGCCCUCUAGGUUGCCUCUGCGCUCCGGAGAAGAGGACGACGAACGACCCGUCGACUUUAGCCUGGCCAAGAGACCGAAGCUCUACUUCGGCGACCCUGCUGACGAGGAUCUCGUGAGUAACGCGGAUAGCAACGAGGACAACGACUCGAUGGGCACGGUGGAUCAGCAAAGCUAUUCCGUCAGUCAGCACUCGAUGAACUCGACGUCGCUGCACAGCAGAGGCGUGAGGAAACGAAAAUCCCAGCACCCGACUCGUUGCGCCGUUCUAACCGAGGUGCACUCCUCGUCCACCGACGGGGACUCGUCCAACGACGAGGAACGAGUUCAAAGACGCUGUCUGUCGGAAGGCACGGGCAUCUCGUCGAUGAACGACUUUCAGAGUCAGCCGGAGGACAUGUCGAUGUCGAGAUUAGAGGCGGGUGAACGGAAAGCCUCGCCUGAUUCGCCGAAGAACCUGAGCUUCAACGACCAGGAGUCGAGCUCCCGCUCGCCGGAAGCUUGCAACAGGGAGGGGGCUCGGGUGGGCGGGAAACGCGACACGGUGUCGUCGCAGGAGAAUACGGAGGAUCUACCUCAGGACGAGCCGCGGGAUCUGAGCUCGAGAGCGAGCAGCGUGAAGUCGCCGAAGAGGCAGAUCAGUCCGGAGCCAAAGACAUCGCACGAGUCGGCGGAAGCUCGUCCCGCGGAAGCUAACGCGGUUCCCGUUGCCUCGAUCGGUCAUAAUAAAGAUGCUAGUUCGUUGGAUAAGAUGAAGGAAGAGGAGAACCAGGAGGAGGAGGAUGACGAAGAGGAUGAACCGAUGGAAGAGGUCGAGGAGGAUGAUGAUGAUGAGGAGGUGAACGCGGCGCUGCGCAGUCAAGAAGGUGAGCGUCCCGAUGAUCCCUCCCGUGCCCCGAGCUCGGUCGACAGCCGUCCGACGACAGCCGACGACCUCUCCCACGACUCCUCGACCAACACUUUGCGUCAACUCGAGUCCUUGUCGCAGGGUCGCGCGAUGCAGUACACCGGGAUGCAGCAGGCGGCUUCGAGGUCUGGCCGCGGCUCUACCAGCCCUGUCAGCCUCACGACGCACCAGGAGACCACCAUGGACAAUUCCUCACGUGGCUCUCGUUCAUCCAGCGCCUCACCCUCCACAGCGGCCAUGGAUACGGACAAUAGCCUUAUCACCUAUGCCCGUUACGAGAACGGUGGCUUCGUCAGCACCCAGGAGGUGCCACUGGACCGGGAGAAUCCCCGCCGCUGUACCGCCUGCGGCAAGGUGUUCCAAAACCAUUUCGGGGUCAAGACCCACUAUCAGAACGUCCACCUAAAGCUGAUGCACCGCUGCAGCGUGGACGGUUGCAACGCGGCCUUCCCCUCCAAGAGGUCUCGCGACAGGCAUUCGGCUAAUCUGAACCUUCAUCGAAAGCUCCUAUCCACGUCGUCGAGUCCGCCUCUGUCGUCCAGUCUGCCACCGAGUUUGUCACCCAGGGUAGAGGAGUCUCAAAUGAAUCCGUUGUUGCACAACGAGUUCCUCGCGAGAUUGUACGCUGACGCGGGUAUCGGUGCUCUCGGAGCCUAUCCUCUGACACCUGGGCUGCCGUCAGCCGUCGACCUGGCAGCGAGGAUACCGCCCCCACACCCUCUUCUACUGCCACCUCACUUGGGAGCAACCUUCUCCGGUUUGUCCUCGUUCGCCUCUCACCUGGCUGGCCUGAACGGGCUCACGCAUCAGCAUUUGAAUCAUCUGACCAGAAUGUCUCAGGAGCAGGGACACAGACAUCCCUCUGGCUCGGGCUCCCCGAUGUCCUCGCCAGGCUCCGAGGAUCGCAAGGAAGAGGCCAGAUGUACGAUUCCUGGCUGCGACCGGGUGUUCGGCUCCAGAGCAGUCAGAGAUGCUCACUCGAAGGACCCACAGGCCCACCGCGACCUGUCUGUUCUGUCGACCAGCGGCUCGUGACCGAUCUCCUUCCGCGGCCGCGACUAUU